UUCACUCUCUCAUUCGUCACUUCCUCACGGACCUCACUUUCUCUAAUCUUCUUCUUCUUCUUCUCCCUCCCUUCAUCGCCGACGACCUCCUCAUGGCUCUACGAGCUCUCGCGGCCAGGAAAUCCCUAGCCGGAUCAGGUUUCCAGAGAAUCCUCGGCGCGCGUGGACUGCAGACGUUCUCUCUCCCCGACCUUCCGUACGACUACGGCGCUCUCGAGCCGGCGAUCAGCGCCGAGAUCAUGCAACUCCACCACCAGAAGCACCACCAGGCUUACAUCACCAACUACAACAAGGCUUUGGAGCAGCUCGACGCCGCAAUCGCCAAGGGCGACGCUUCUGCCGUCGUUAAGUUGCAGAGCGCCAUUAAAUUCAACGGCGGAGGUCAUGUCAACCACUCGAUUUUCUGGAAUAAUCUGAGUCCUGUUAAAGAAGGAGGUGGCGAGCCCCCUCAUAGUUCCCUGGGCUGGGCUAUUGACCAAAGUUUUGGUUCUUUUGACGCAUUAAUCACAAAGAUGAAUGCAGAAGGUGCUGGCUUGCAGGGUUCUGGAUGGGUGUGGCUGGCUCUAGACAAAGAAUUGAAGAAGGUUGUGGUUGAAACCACUGCAAAUCAGGACCCAUUGGUUACCAAAGGAGCAAGUUUAGUGCCCUUGCUUGGCAUUGAUGUUUGGGAGCACGCGUACUACUUACAGUACAAGAAUGUGAGACCAGAUUAUCUUAAGAACAUAUGGAAGGUCAUCAAUUGGAAGUAUGCCAGUCAAGUGUACGAGAAAGAAAGCGCCUGAGCUAAACGAGGGUGGGCAUUGCAACUAGUUGAGCAGCUGAAAUAAACAAUCCAUGUGACAAAUGAAGCUUUCUCACUGAUGUAUGAAACUGAGAUAGUAUAAGAGCCAUGCACUGUUGUUUUUUCUAUUCGAUGCCCCUGUAAUCAAUGUCUUUCCGAUACUCCAAAACUGAUUUGAAGAAGUUAGUUAUGGCAUUUAGAGGCUUGUCUGUUUUACUCGCUGGAAUAAAAUCUGUUUGAUAUUUCACUUGCUAGUCAA